UGAGCCGGGCUCUCGGCCCCGGCGCGCCGAGCACUCGCGUGGGAGUUUGUGCGAGAGCGAGUGAACGCGGCCCGGGGCGGGGCCCGCACGGAGGAGGCGCCCGGACCAUGGUCACCCUCGGCUGAGUUUCCGGCGGCGACUUUGAUUACUGGCAAAUAAUCAUAACAAUACCGAGCCCCGGGGCUGGCCGCCGCCACGGAAAGACUCCGCGGGCCGGCACGCGGCCGCGCCACGCACCUCCCCGCGCUGAUCGCCAACCCCUAACGAGCCGAUGGAAAAAUCCAAAAAUUUCCGCAUCGACGCGCUGCUGGCCGUGGACCCCCCGCGAGCGGCCUCGGCGCAGACCGCGCCGCUGGCCCUGGUCACGUCGCUCGCGGCCGCCGCAGCUGGCCCCGGGGGCGGCGGCGGCGGCGGCGGGGCGAGCGGCGGCUGCAGCCCCGCGUCCUCGGAGCCGCCCGCGGCGCCCGCCGACCGCCUGCGCGGCGGCGCGGGCCUCCCGGCGCAGGCGGCGCUCUACGGCCACCCGGUCUACGGCUACUCGGCGGCGGCGGCGGCCGCCGCGCUGGCCGGGCAGCACCCGGCGCUCUCCUACUCGUACCCGCAGGUGCAGGGCGCGCACCCCGCGCACCCCGCCGACCCCAUCAAGCUGGGCGCCGGCACCUUUCAGUUGGACCAGUGGCUGCGGGCGUCCACCGCGGGCAUGAUCCUGCCCAAGAUGCCGGACUUUAACUCCCAGGCGCAGUCCAGCCUCCUGGGGAAGUGCCGCCGGCCACGCACCGCCUUCACCAGCCAGCAGCUGCUCGAGCUGGAGCAUCAGUUCAAGCUGAACAAGUACCUGUCGCGGCCCAAACGCUUCGAGGUGGCCACCUCCCUGAUGCUCACCGAGACCCAGGUGAAGAUCUGGUUCCAGAACCGGCGGAUGAAGUGGAAGCGCAGCAAAAAGGCCAAAGAGCAGGCAGCGCAGGAGGCCGAGAAGCAGAAGGGCGGCGCGGGCGCGGGCAAAGGCGGCGGCGCCGGGGACCAAGGCGACGAGGAGCUGCUGGGGCCGCCGGCGCCCGGGGACAAGGGCAGCGGACGCCGCCUGCGGGACUUGAGGGACAGUGACCCCGAGGAGGAGGAGGACGACGACGACGAGGACCAUUUCCCCUACAGCAACGGCGCUAGCACGCACGCCGCCUCCUCUGACUGCUCCUCCGGGGCCGACUCGCCUGCCCCGCGGUCCGGCGGGCCCGGCCACCAGCCCCCGCCCCAGUAGGAGCCCCGCGGCCGGCGGGUGGCGGUCCGGCCUGGAUGCUGCGACCCCUCCCAUGCCCCCCAGGGCCGCCCCCCAGGCCCGCGAGCGGAGGCGGCCCGGCCCUGGCGGCUGCUGCCCUUGUGGGCCCCAGCAGCCGUCUGCUCUUCAAGGGACGGAAAGAGGGAGGCCCAGCAGGUUCAAACUUGAUCUCUGGUUCUUUUUCGUUUAAUUUGGUUUGCGCUGGGGGGAGGUGUUGCCGAGAAGAACUGAGCGCUCAUCGGGGGAGGCUCCCGGUUCCCCUCCUGCCGAGUGGAGAAGGCGGAAACCUACAGUGUUAAACCACCUCCGAGACUUGAAACCUCUGGACACGCCGUUCUUCUGAGUGCUCAGAAAAGAAAAAAUGUUUUGUGCUUAUGUAUCUCGGGGGGAGGGGGAGGGAUUUAUGCCAUGAGCGUCCAAACUGCUGGAAGUCCCAAAACUGUAUUGUCUUUAUUUUUGUAUAUUGUAUUUAUAAAUAUAUAUAUAAAGAAAUGUCUACUUACGCAUGCUAAAUUAUCAUUUAGCUUCUCCCAUCGCCCACGAUGGAAUGUAAAAUAAAUUGGUUUUUUUACUGGG